CUAAAUUGACAAACAUAUUCUUCGCUGAAACAACACAUUGAUGAAUAUUUAAAAUGAAAUUACAGUUGUUUAUUUCAGAGGUCUUGUCCAAAUUCUAAGUAGGAAAAAUAUUAAAACUGAUAAGUUGGUACAUGAAGAAGAAGGAUUCAUAAGUACAACAUUCGACAAAAAGUGCCCUCCCGGAUACAAAGAAUCAAAAGAAGGGUAUUGUCAAGAUAUAAAUGAAUGUGCGGAUAAGAAAAUAAGGGUGUGCCAUUUCACCCAGACGUGUAUAAAUCUAAUUGGGUCGUACGAAUGCAAAUGUCCUUCAGGGUUUGAACCAUCCGUCACAGGAGAGUGCACAGAUGUGAAUGAAUGCAUAGACCGUACCAUUUGCUCUGACUAUUGUGAGAAUGUAUUUGGAAGCUUCAAGUGCUUUUGUCCUCCCGGUAUGGCCAAUUUUGACUCAAAAACUGUGUGUUCGAAGCUACCAGGUGUUUACCAUGCAUGCCCUCCGAAUUAUGUUGAAAAGGAUGGAAUAUGUAAAGAGGAAGAUCUUUGCAAAGAUGGAACACUCUGCAAGGAAGAUGAGACAUGUAUUAGACUGAGUAUCAAAUACACAUGUCUGCGAACAAUUUGUCCGGUUGGGUAUCGAAAAGUGAAAAAGAGAUGUGUAAAAGAUUGCAGUAAACAAAUAUGCGAAUCUGGAGCCAAAUAUUCAGAAAGUCAAGAACAAAUACACGUAAAAAUUGAAGGACCGAUUGCGUUCAGCAGAAAGCUUUACUAUCUAACCACUGAUCGAUCAAAUACUACAUACUAUAGAAUAAAAGAAAACGAAGCAGGGAAGCCAUUUAAAGUUAAGUUGGAGGAUGGCUUUGCAAAAUUAUAUGCAGUCGCAAAUUUACCACCACGAGGUCCUGUACCAUACAGAGUUAUUGUCGUGGCAUCUACAUACGACAAAACAGACUCCACAAUUUUGUACAUUAAUGAAUAUAUUGUGAAUGUUUAUGUAGUAGAUUGAUGUUAAGUUAAUUUUAUAUGAAACAAUUGAUUUUUCAAUAAACAUAAUUAAUAAUGCAUAUAUUAUUUUCAGUGACGUAGCGUGACAAAAUCAA